AUGUCCUUUUUAUUUAGGUCGAAGAAACCACAGCCGGGAGGAACGGGACUUCCCCCGGCCAGCAGGAAUAUACACACCUCGGAGGGUACAAUACAAGAGAAGGUACCGAUACUAGACGGGGAUAGAGCGCGAGACAUGGGCAGAAUAACGUCUCCGACACCUAGUGGGAGUGUGAACAACUCUCUCAAUUCUGUCACCAGUGCCAAUAGCCCUGAUCCCGUUCGAAUGCGGCAGCGAGCAGACUCCGAAUCUCAGAUUCAGCGUUCCUCAUCAGCUACACCCGGUUCUCCAACUACGAACACAAAUGCAGCUCUAUAUCCCUGGUCCCAGCGACGCUUAAAUUUCACUGCUUCAAAUGCCAACCCGUUCCCUCGAUAUGGCGCCGCAAUCAACUCAAUUGCUUCGAAAGAAGGCGACAUCUACAUGAUGGGUGGUUUGAUUGACGGCUCCACGGUAAAGGGAGAUUUGUGGAUGGUGGAAAGUAGUAGCGGUUCUCUUUCAUGUUUUCCAAUUCCGACAGCUUCGGAAGGGCCAGGUCCGCGUGUAGGCCAUUCCAGUUUACUGGUAGGGAACGCUUUCAUCGUCUUUGGCGGUGACACGAAGAUUGCCGACCAUGAUGUUUUGGAUGACACACUCUAUUUGCUUAAUACAUCAUCUCGUCAAUGGUCUCGAGCAAUUCCUCCCGGUCCCCGUCCCUUGGGACGGUAUGGCCAUACACUGAAUAUUCUCGGCUCCAAACUUUUUGUGUUUGGAGGACAGGUUGAAGGCUAUUUUUUCAAUGACCUGGUUGCCUUUGACCUAAACGCCCUUCAAAGUCCUACAAACAAGUGGGAGUUCUUAAUUCGGAACACACAUGAUGGUGGCCCGCCCGCAGGCCAAAUUCCUCCCGCGCGAACGAAUCAUACGACCGUUAGUUACGGCGAUAAACUAUAUCUGUUUGGAGGAACGAAUGGAGUGACAUGGUUUAAUGAUGUUUGGUCUUAUGAUCCACGAACAAAUCAGUGGACAGAACUAGACUGCAUCGGUUUCGUCCCUUCUCCGCGCGAAGGACAUGCUGCAGCACUAGUAGGUGACUAUAUGUAUGUUUUCGGUGGUCGCAAUGAGGAGGGCAUGGAUCUUGGUGAUCUGUCUGCUUUCCGUAUCACUACCAAGAGGUGGUUCUUAUUCCAAAAUAUGGGUCCUGCUCCGUCUCCCAGAUCAGGACAUAGUAUGACAGCCUUUGGGCGGCAAAUUAUUGUCAUGGCUGGUGAACCGAGCUCAGCACCGAGAGAUCCAACAGAACUUAGCAUGGCGUAUAUUCUGGACACUGGAAAGAUUCGCUAUCCGCCUGAUUCUGCCCCAAACGGCGAGAGGCCUGUCGAUGCACGGAAAAUGAGCGGCGACAAAUCUGCGAUCCCCACUGGUCGAGUCUCUAGAGAAGCACAGAAUACUCCUCCCAUUGACCAGCCGCGUCGGACGACCGCCGCAUAUCGAGAAAGCAUGAUAAGUCCAAAUGUCAAACCAUCACCACAAGGAGAUUUGUCUCAAGGAACGGGAACGGCAGCAUCAAGGCUUCCGCGAGCCUCUAUUGCCCAAGCACCGUCAGGGCCUCCUCCCCCAGGACAAGCACCGACUCCAACUCCGCGAAUGAAUGGACAGGCCCCGCAAGCGCCUAGGAGCAAAACACCUCCUACAAAACAAGAUCGUAGCUUUGGCCCUCAAGUGGAUAUUGUACGUUCUGUCGCGACAGAUAGAGACGUGCAAUCUCCAACCUCCAGGGCCUUACCCAUGGACAGCAACAACAAGCCUUCGGCAGAUAUGAGUCCAAUUUCUCAAGGUCGUCGAACUCCCAAUACUCAACCCCCGUCUAAGUUAGCUGCUAAAGCAAUGGAAGCUGGCGAAGCAACUCCUCUCAUGAGCGCACCAACAAGGCAGCGAUCGCUACAAAGACAGCGGCAAAGAGCUUCGAUGGAUAGUACGGACGAAUCUAUUUUGGGCAGGCAGCCAAGCGUGGACGGGUCUAUUGAGUCCCGGACCUACAGGAACUCUCGUAUUCUGGGUGACGAACCUAGAUCGCCCAGACUUACCCCUCACCAAGAAGCACUAAUCAAGGAGCUUGAAGCGACCAGAAAUCGUAAUGCAUGGUAUGCUUCAGAGUUGGCUCUAGCCCGCAAAGCCGGGUAUAACCCUAGCCCGGCUAGUAGCUCGGCACUUGAUGAGCGCCCUCCAGAGGUGUUCACAGACGAGGAUCGACCAUUGAUCGAGGCUUUUCUUUCGAUGAGGGCUGAGCUAGCUAAGAUGCAAGCAACAGUAGACCGUCAGGCCGCUAUUGCAUCUAAGAGAGUGGCCGAGGUGGAGCACCAACGUGACGCUGCGAUCAGCGAGGCCGCAUAUGCUCGUGCCAAACUAGCCGCACAUGGAGGCAGCCAGCGUAGCACGCCGCAGCUUGAAGGAACGCCGCGUACUGACGAAGAAACGAAUGCCGAGCGCACAACAGAUCUCAGUAGGAGACUAGCGCUGGCGCUGGCGUCCCAGGCAGAGUUGAAAUCGAAGUUGGAGUCCAUUACCGUGGAUCUCGAGCAAGAAAAGAGGGCUCGUGAGCUGGCAGAGGGAACGAAUGAAGCCACACGAAAGAGACUGGCCGAGUUGGAGAUGCAAAACCACUCCUUGGAGCUGGAGAGUCUAAAAGCUGAACUCCAUCAGCUGCAAGCCCAUGCCAGGGAAGAAUCUGCCCUUCGCUCCGAAGCAGAAGCCAACCACAAACAAGCUAGCAUUGAUAAGGAGGAAUUAAGCCAAAAACUCGAAGAAGCAUCCGCACGGCUCAAAGAUCAUGGAAGCAACAUGACGUCGCUCCGUGAAGCUGUUGCUGCAUCUGCAACGAAGGCUGCUUUGAUGGAAAGACACUUGGAAGAAGAGCGUGAGCGUCGCGAAGGAUUGGAACGAAAACUGUUGCAGUUGAGAUCCGAUCAUGAAGAAAGAACUGCUGAGUUGGAGACCGCUAGUCGCCGUUUGAAGGAGGCAGAGGAAUUGGCAGAGAGUCAUGCACGGGAGGCCGAGAGUCAUAAGCUUGCAUUUAUUUCGGGCCUUGAUCGUGCAUCGUCAUUAGACUCCGAUAGCUCAAUCCGGUCGAUCACCGACCAGCGCGUUGUUGCCUUGCAAGCUCAAGUUGAGACAGCUAACAAAUUGGCCAGGUCGAACCAGGCGGCAGCUGAUGAUGCGGCUGACAAACUAAGGCGCGCGGAAGAACGUAUCGCAGGCCUUGAGGCAUACCAGGAGCAGGUUAGCCGUGAAGGUCUUCAACUUCGUCGGCAGUUGCAAACAGCCAUCAAAGAGAGCCAAGCAUCAGCGACAGAAAACAAGGAGCUCAAGUCAAAACUCGAGAGUCAGCAGCGUGAUACCAGUGCUCUGGCUAUCCAACACGGUGCACUCAAGGACCUGCUGGGAGAACGAGGUGUUCAUGCUUCGGAUAGCCGAAGGUCGCCACUAUUGGAUUCACCUGGAUCCCGCUUUGGCACACCUGAGCAAACGCGUCUCCGUGAUCUCGAGCAGCAACUCCAGGCCAGUCUGAAAUCACAUGAAGAGACCAAGAUUGCAUUUGAGUCUCGUGAGCAAGAAGCUGAUCGUGCCUAUCGAGAGAAACUGGAGCAGCUUGAGAACGAUUACCAAGCUGCGGUUCACUACGUGAAGGGCACAGAAAAGAUGUUGAAACGUAUGAAGGACGAGUUAGCUAAGUAUAAGACACUUACCAAUAAUUUGCAAACGGAACUGGAGAACGCGCAGAAGAAUGCCGAGAAAUCUGCAGACUCUUCAGCUUCGACAUCUUGGGAAAGCGAACGGUCGGAGCUUCAGAAUUCUCUUGCGGAGCUUCAGAGCAAGAUGAGCUCCUCUAUAGCCGAACUCGAGAGCCAGAUCACCAAGCUCAAGCAAGAUCUGACUUUGGCACAAGCCGAGAGUCAUGAGUCCCGAUCAGCGCACGAGAUCGCUAAACAAGAACUCAUUGCCGCAACGGACAAGUCACGAGUCGAAAUUGAGCAAUUAAAAGAAGAAAACUCCCUAUUGGAAUCGCGAGCCGUGCAUGCUGAACAGCGGGUUACUAUGCUGCUCGAGCAGAUGGUAACAUCUGUCGACAAUCAUCGCCGUCAAUCCCAGCAUGGACAAGGUUUCGGCAACAUCUCCAGAAGUCAGAGCAACGCGUCUACAGCGACAGCUGGUGGAUUUGGCGGGGGUCGUUCUCGAGGCAACAGUAAUGUCUCUCGUGACGAUUUAUUCCUGGACAACCGUAGUUCGAUGGCGUUGGAUUCUCUUGCCAAUGAAUUAGAUGCCCUCCGCAGUCAUUGGGAAAGUACAAACCGUAAUCACCGGUUGAGUUCGACAUUCGAUCUGGAUGCAACAACCCCAAUCAAGGAGAGCCACGAGGGGUCCACUCUAAGCCAGAGCGUUACCAAUUGGCGACGACGCCUAGAAGAGGAAGAGGCUCGCGCGAGCAGCCCUACUGACAGCUUUGCCGAAUCGAUGACAACGCCCACGGCUCUCCGUCCGGAGGCACCAGAACAUUCUGGUCGCAACAUGAUAUAG